AUGAUCGACCGAGGAUUAGAUGGGGGGCUAACUCCCGCCUUUUCUCGGGAGAUAGGAGAGAAGUCGAAUGGUUUAGGGGCUUGUAGUAGUAGCGGGGAUAUGAACAAUAUGUGGGAUAUGACAGCUGGUUGCAUUAGAAAAGAAGUUGCCGAGGUUCUUGGGAUAUCGAGAGGAAUCUUUGGUGGUUGUCAAGGAGACUGGUGGUGGAAUGGAGAAGUACAAGGCAAAGUGAAAGCUAAGAAGGUUGCCUAUACAGAAUGGUUGGAGUGUGUAGAUGAGGAGGAGAAAAAUAGGGUUAAAGAUAUCUAUAAGAAGGCAAAGACGAAAGCGAAAUCGGUGGUCACCAUUGCUAAGACGACAACUUUUGAACGCGUGUAUGUCGAGUUAGGGGAAAAAGAUGGGGAUAAGAGAUUGUAUAGGCUCGCCAAAGCAAAAGAGAAAAAAGUACGUGAUCUGGAUCUAGUAAAGUGCAUCAAGGACGAGGAAAGUAAAGUCAAUAUACAACUGUACAACGCCCUUCGAGACCCUACUGAGCCUCCCUUAGACCUGCGUAUCAGCUUCCGAAACUUGAACAAUGAUGAAGAUGACUCGAAGAAGAGGGAAUGUUGGGCUUCCACCCAACAAAAUGCAAAGAGGGAGUGCCGAUGGACUCAAUCCAAGGUUUCACAUGCAACGAAAUUGAGAUAA